AAACCCUUUGUACAGGAUGUGAUAGCGCCAGACACAAAGGAGAGCCAGCCCAUGGAGGAGUCGCAGCAGUCAAGAGGAGGAAAACCAACAGCAGCACCACCGGAACCGGAAAAGGAACAGGAAACGGAAACGGCACCUGAUGAGGAUGGCAACGAUUCGCUGACAUCGGCCAUGGCCAUCGAGGGCUUUGUGCAGGGCGCGCCCGAGGAUUAUACAGUUCAGUCUCAAACUGCAAUUGAUGAAGAGGCACGCAUGAAGCAGAUCAUCGAGUCCGGGGACCUGGAGCAGCUGGCCGAGAUCGUGCUGAAUGGCGAGGGCGCUAGUCUGUUGAAUCUCAAGUCCAAGGAGGCGGAGAUACAGGCCUUUCUCAACAACGUGCCCAGCUACAUGGAGAAAAUCCAUCGCGUGCACGAUGCGGCACGUGACGGCAAUUUGCUGGCCCUGCAGCAGGCACUGGAUCGCCGGAAGUUUGCCAUUGCAAAGGACGACAUAUCCCCCAAUGGCUCCACCGCCCUGCACGUGGCCGUGCUCUUUGGACACACGGACAUCGUUCGGUAUUUGGCUUCGCGUUUCCCGGAGACCAUGACAAUUACGGAUAAUGACGGACGCACGCCGCUCCACUAUGCAGCCACCAUUAAGGACAAUGGCCAUUUCUACAACAUGUUGUUGCAGCUGGGCGGCAAUCCCAAGGCACUGGACAAGCUGGGCCACACGGCCGAGUUCUAUUUGGACAAGGAGAAGGCGAUGGACAUCCUCAACUACACGGAGCUGCUCAAUCUCUUUGGGGCCGAGGAGCUCGAGAAUCAGUUGCUCAACGAUCAAGGUCAGGCGCAGUCCGUGAGUUUUCAGGCCAAUCCCAUCUUCAAGACGGAACAGGGCAAAUAUCUGGCAGAUUCUCUGGCUGAUCCUCUGAUCAAGGCGCUCACCGAGAUCGCCAACAAACGGCCCAAGGAUCCCGUGGCCUAUCUGACCGGCUAUCUGCAGCACUUCAUGGGCGAACGGAAGCCCAUCACCCAAGUGGAAGUGCACACGGGCACCACCACCUCCUCCUCCUCCUCCUCCAAUCCCAUGGCGAAAUCCAAUCCCAAGCUGGUCAGCAGUCGCAAUGGCAUCGGCAAUGCCGAUCUCAUCGAGCUGGAUGCCCGAUCGCUGGCCGAUGAGGAUGCAGACGGAGCCCUGGCCAUGCAGCACAUGGAGGAACGGGACGAGCACGGCCAGAGCAUGUUGCACUUUGCCUGCGCGCGCUCCCAUCGCCGCGGGGCACUCUACACGCUCAUCGAGGAGUCUGGCAUCGAUAUCACCUACCGCGAUGAGCUAUACCGCACCGCGCGCGACGUCUCCCUUCAGGCCAAUCAGCCCAACAAUGCGGCGGAGAUCGAUCGCUAUAUCCUGGCCCAGGCUGCCAUCGGCCAAGUGGCACCCUUCGACGAACUGGCGUUGCAGGGCUACGAUCACAUCCUGGACAUCGAGGAUGAGAGCGGUCAGUCCAUCGGGGAUGUGGUGGCCAGCCGACAGCACCAAGCCCUGGCCCAGUUCUUGGAGGCGCUGCGUGGGCUGGAGGAGACCCGCGAGGAGCUCCACCAAAUGAUCAGGGAGAACAACAUGGAGAGAGUGAGGCAGCUGACCGCCGGCUCCAAUGUCAAGUGGCUGAUCAAAACCAAAAACUAUUACGGUCGAACCGCCCUGCACAUAGCAGUGCUGAAGGAGUCCGAGGAAAUGGUCCAGCACCUGGUCAAACUCUGUCCCGAAACACUGAAGAUCACGGACAACCUGGAGCGCACUGUGCUGCACUAUGCCAUGGGCACCAACUCCCUGGAGAGCGUCAGUCGGAUACUGAUUCAGAACGGGGCCAAGCGCACCGCCAAAGACCUGAAGGGCCGUCAGCCCAGCUAUUACUUCAUCAACAAGGCGGACAUACUGCGGCUUCAGGAAGAGGAGGAGGAGAGUCGCUAAAGAUCGCUGGAUGGCUGCUACUCGAGUCAAGCAAUAUGUAUAGAAUACUCUGUAAGCGCUGUAGUCCAAUAAAAUAAAUAUACUCG